AUGCGUGCGGGGAGUAUCUACAAGCUGAUUGGAUUGGAUAUCAUCAUCUGGCUCCUUUUUUUCUAUACCUUUAGUGGCAUCUAUCGAUGUAUACUGAAUAAGACUCAAAAAGAUGUGUUCGAGAAGAUGGUGGUUUUAUGUCGGGAAUUCACAAGCAUUAUCCAAACGACGUUCGUGUUCGUCCUUGGCUUCUACGUUACCACGGUCCUUAAUCGGUGGUGGGGACUGUGGAAUUCCUUACCGUGGCCAGAUGACGUCAUCCACUAUCUCACCACUUACCUCAAUGGACAGGUACAAAAUGAUUUGGUAUUGAGCCUUACUGGCCCACAUUUUGUGCGUUCUCGGCUAUUGGAAGAAGGUGAAAGACGGAUGAUGGAAGUGAUGGCAGGAGAUUCGUUGAGAUCCAUGUUCUGGAUCCCGCACAUGUGGGCGACGAGAAUCGCCCUUCAAGCAAGGAUGGAGAAUCGGAUCGAAAGCGACUUGGGUCUCCGAGGCAUCGUCGAUGCCGUCAACGGUAUUCGGCGGACGUGUGCCCUCUGUCAACAUGUGGAAUUCAUACAAGAAACAGCAUCUGUUAAGAAUGCGGUGGUGACACUUGCCACUUACAGCUACUAUUGUGCUUUGGCGCUCGGAAGUCAAAGCAUAGUUGGUGACUACAGCGAAAAGGAUGACAUCAACACCUACUUUCCCAUCACAUCUGUAUUCCUGUUGGUCUUAUAUGUCGGAUGGCUGAAAGUGGCCGAGUCUCUCAUCGAUCCAUACGGGGAAGAUGAUGCUGAUUUCGAGCUCAACUGGCUUCUUGACCGUCAUAUCAAAGUAACAUACAUGACGGGAGAGGGGGUGAACACGGACUUCAAGGAAUUCACAUGGAAGGACAUGUUCCCUUGGCUCUAUGACCAAGCCUUGACGCCAAACCCGAAAAUGCUCGUCUACGCCAACAUGAUGGACAAAGACAAAGAUGUCAAGAUGCCAGAUCCGGUGGUGACGCCCAUUCCUCCUGGUGUUCCAGCCGUUUUGGAGAAGGCAACCCUUUUCCGAUUACUGAGAAGGAAUAAUGUUCAAGUGGCACCUGCUCCAGCAGCUCCGACCAAUCUCCAGAAUCGGUACAGUUUCAAGCUUGCUCACGAGGAUCAUCUGUUUUUCGAAGAAGAAUUG